GAUUAUUUAAAUAAAAAUAAAAUCAUUAUAAUUUUAAUCCCAAAUAAGUGUUAAUCUAAAUUGCAACAAAACAAUAUUGGAUUAAGUUCUUAAGCUGAUUGUUUUUAAAGGCCAGACAUCGACCAAGAACGACAACGACAACAGUCAGGCGGAGAAAAGAGUAAAUGGAGAAAAAUGAGCCAGGCAUAUUCAACGGUGGCAUUCCCAAUGGCAAUCGAUAAAAACGGAAGAGCUUAAAAUUACAACAGCGCGCGAAGUCAGUGUGUCAAAAGCCUUCAUUGUCAUCGACAAUGCUACUGCUACAGCUCAGCGCUUUUGCUUAAAGCGACAGAUUGGCAGGCAAUACAUAUCCGGACAUUUUUUUCCGACCAAAUCCUACCUUCCUACCUACAGAGCAGGCUGAACGCUGGCUGGCGUUGACUUGACUUGGCUGACUGCUUGUAUAUAUUGACGUUGAUAUAUCCUUUGUUUGAGAAAAAAUACGAAGAAAAACAAGAAAUCUUGCAAUGCCCCAAGACAUAAAAGGCGGCUGCCAUUAAAGUGACUCACUCACGUGCCGGUUAAGACAACGGCUGUAGAGAAAAUUGAAACCAAUUAAACGGAAGAGCUGUUUCGCGCUAGCUCGAUUCCUGGCUGAAAUACCUUCAUCAUUUUGUUUUUGCCAGGGCCACACAUACACAGACGCCAACGCCAAGUUAUUGAUAAAUAUUUUCACACACCUGGCUACUCGAAAGGAAACGGAAAUAUUUACAAAUGAUUUUUACUAAGGUGACACCCACCUAAAGCGCGCUGACUAUCAUCAGUGCAGUGGGUGGACGAAAACAAGAAUUCAGUGAAAAAUUCCAAUAAAGGAAUUGCUGUGCUGCGAAGAAACGUGACUCUAAUGGUCAUGACAAACGAACUCUGGCGUUCUGGUAUAAUGAGAGAAUGAAGAGCAUUAUUGUCUUUAACAUUUAAAUAUUUCAUAUCAACGAAGCUCAGGGCGGCAAUUAUUAACCGAUCUCUUGUUAUUGUUGUUGUUGUUGCCUGACAAACAAUGAAAACCAGCAGGACUGGAAAUGUUUAUAACUUGAGCAAGCGGCAACUCACAGACACAUGGGCCAACUGAAAACACCUUUUGUAAAGGCAUUGCAAAAAGGAAACCAGUCUUGAAAUCAGAGUCCUUUUAUAAAAACGAAAAAAAAGUUACAAAAAAAUAAAACCAAACUGUGAAUUGAUUGAAGACACAAGAAACACUAGCACUGAGAAGGAAGUCCAAAAGACAUGCCAUCACAUUUAAACAUCAACCGUUGAAUGUGAACAGAGGCAACUACUGUGCGCAAAAAGUAGCUUCCGCACUUUCCCGCAUUGGGCAUUUGUCUGUUUCUCAUACUGGCAGAAGUUUUCUUUUGCACUCUUGUAACCCGGAAAAACUUUUCUGCAUUAAUACAUCCCAGCAUCACGUAGAAGAACUUUACAUCUCUUUUUCACGCCGUCUCCUUUGGCGUUGCUUUUUAUCAUCGCUGUGUUCGAGAGUGUCUGUAAGAUCUGUGACAAUUUCUGUUCUGGCACAAUUCAAACGCGGAUGACCUUUUCCGUUAUUGUUGGCAGCAACAAGAAUCGCAAAGCGAAAAGCUACAACCAAACAUACAGUUGUCGUCAUCAACAUUUGCAAGCAACUACAGCUCUCCUAUUAGUGGAGCCAGCCGAGUUUGCGGCUGAAAAAGCCGCUCGACUUCCUCCACCAGCAACACAGCCAACAGCAUCAUCAUCGUCAUCAUCAACACCAGCAACAGCAGCACUGCCAUAGUUCUGUGGUGAAACAGCAUAAACAUCAUCAUUGUCAUCAUAAUCUGCCCUACCAUCACCAUCAUCAUGACACAUUGGCUGUUAAACUUAUUGACGCUGCUUCUGUAUGCGGCUUCCCUGGAGGGUGCUUCCAAACGAUUUUUCACAGAUUUUUUACAAGACUUACCCACACCCGGUACCGGUGGACCAACAUUUGACACAACGGUGCCGUCAAACAUAACAGGUCUAGUGGGUAAAACUGUAAAGCUGACAUGUCGUGUGAAAAAUCUAGGCAACAGAACGGUGUCAUGGGUGCGACAUCGUGACAUUCAUUUGUUGACUGUGGGAAGAUACACCUACACCUCCGAUCAAAGAUUUGAGGCAAUGCAUUCGCCUCAUGCAGAAGAUUGGACACUGCGUAUACGCUAUGCUCAACGUAAAGAUUCUGGGAUAUAUGAAUGUCAGAUAUCAACAACGCCUCCGAUUGGCCAUUCAGUAUAUCUGAAUAUAGUGGAACCUGUCACUGAAGUAAUUGGAGGACCAGAGUUACACAUAAACAAAGGUUCCACAAUAAAUCUAACCUGUAUCGUUAAAUUUGCCCCCGAGCCACCACCCACUGUUAUAUGGUCACACAACCGUCAGGUCAUAAAUUUUGAUUCACCACGUGGCGGUAUAUCAUUAGUUACGGAAAAGGGUGUCCUAACUACAAGUCGUUUACUGGUGCAGAAAGCCAUACAACAGGAUUCUGGACUCUAUACGUGUACGCCCUCCAAUGCAAAUCCUACAUCGGUGAGGGUACACAUUGUUGAUGGUGAACAUCCUGCGGCUAUGCAUCAUGGUGGAGGCUCACAACUAAAAGCCACGCCGUUUACUCUGCUCCUUCUAGCUUCAUUUAUUUUAUUAUGGCUUCAACAACAGCAAAGCAAUUUGCGUCAGCGUAUACGCUGGCGACGACGCAAGGGGACCAUUAAAUGGUGUUUCGACAAAAAUAUCGAAGAAGGACCAUCACUACCACAACAACAAAGACACGGCCAUCAGCCGUCAAAGGAAGCGGAAACGCUGUGGCAUCACCGAGAACAACAGCAAAACUGCGAUUGGGCCAAAGUUUAUGGCAUUGAUACACAAACUCCCUGCAGCUGUGCUGUGGUGUUGUGGCAGCAUAGAACAAAUCUUCAAUUGCCAAAUACAUAACCAUUAAAUGGUUUUUAAAUUACAAAACUCACAAAAAACAAACAGAACUCUCAAACUAAAACCAAUACCCCUAAAACGGAAAAACAAAACAAAACAAAGACAAAGAAGACAUAAAACAAAGCAAAGGCAGAAUAAUUACAACACAGACAGAUGGACAGACAAACAAGCCACACUUCCACACCUAUACAUAAACACACACCGACAAAAACACAAUGCCAUCUAAAGGACAGCCGAAGAGAUUGAAAAGUAAAUUCCAUUUGUAAAAUAUUAAUAUUAAGUUUUUAAAUGUAUUUUUAGUACCUCGAAAAAAAAGAAAACAAAAAAAAAACGAAAAAAUCCUUAAUUGACAGUAAGCCCACAAAUUUAAGACGAAGA